CUCUUCUUCUCUUCUCUCUCCUUCUUUCCUCCUUCUCUAUGAACCUGCGAGUUAGGGGGGAAAAAAAAAACAAACAAAACAAGACAUCGUUUUGGUCUCGAGCCACUUGAGCCUCCCCUCUUUCGAGCUACCUACCGGGGUCAUUAAUAACAAUUAUCAUGUUUUGUGGGCCUUUUUAGAAGGAAAAAAAUUGUAAUAAUUAUACCAAUAGAGAUGUUCGCUUUAUAUAUUAAUAUAUAUAUUUGUAUAAUAUAUUCAAAGUAAAAAUAAGCAGAAAUUUCCUGGAAAAUAUGGCAAGAGUGGAAAGAAAAGUAAAAGUAAUAUGCUGAAUAAUUGGACACUCAAUAUAUCUAUAUAAAUAUUUGUAUAAUAUAUUCGAAGUAAAAAAUAAGCAGAAAUUUCCUGGAAAAUAUGACAAGAGUGGAGAGAAAAGUGAAAGUAACAUGUGGCCUGCGUAUGCUGAAUAAUUGGACACUCUGUGUAUAUAGUGGCCAUAUCUACUUCAUUCAUCUCAAUACAAUACAAUACAAUACAAUAUAUCUCCCACCUGUUAGGUUUAGCAUGACCAUGAAUAGAUCAAGGCAACCUGUUGCAAUUCUUUUCUUCCUUCUUGUCUUUCUCACCAUUACAUCCAUUCAUUUUAGCUUCUGCAAUGCAAACCAUGAUGUGGUCAUGUGCAUGGAGAGUGAGAGACAAGCUCUUUAUGCCUUCAAGCAAGACCUAGUAGAUCCUUCAAACCGACUCUAUUCUUGGGAAGUCGAAAAUGAUUGCUGCAAGUGGGAAGGAGUUGUUUGCAACAACUUAACUGGCCAUGUCCUCGAGCUCCAUCUUCAAAAUCCUUAUACUUCAUUAGAUUUUGAUUAUGAGCUUAAUGACUAUUGGUUUAAGAAGUCAGCAUUGAGAGGUGAAAUCAAUCCUUCUUUGCUAAAUUUGAAGCACCUCAAGCACUUGGAUCUAAGUCUGAAUGAUUUUGGAGGAAUACCAAUCCCACCCUUCAUUGGAUCUCUGGCAAGUCUGCAAUGUCUUAACUUGUCUGAAGCAGGAUUUGCGGGAAUAAUUCCCCAUCAACUUGGAAAUCUGUCGAGUUUACGUUUUCUGAGUCUUAAAAUUUUUGGUUCUGAUCUUGGUUUGAUGGAUGUUGACAAGCUUCAAUGGCUUCUUGGUCUUUCCCACUUGGAACACCUUGACCUAAGCUUCGUGAGCCUUUUCGAAGCACCCAACUGGCUGCAGGUAAUUAACGAACUCCCUACUUUAGUAGAGUUACAUUUGUCUGGUUGUGAACUUCAUCGCAGUCCUCAUCUGCUCGAUGUUAAUUUUACAUCUCUUGUCGUCCUAGAUCUUUCAUGGAACUACUUUGACUCUGUAAUACCCAGGUGGAUCUUUAGCCUUAGUAGCCUCGUUUCUCUUGAUCUAGGCGGGAGUUUUUUUGUAGGCAGGCUUGAAGGUUUUAGAGAAAAUGGAUUUGAAGGUCCAUUUCCUAAGGUUUUCCAGAACAUGACCAGUCUUGAAUAUCUUGAUCUAUCAAAUAAUGAACUUGAGGGUCCAUUUCCUGUGCUUUUGUCCAACAUGACCAGUCUUCGACACCUUGAUCUAUCAAUUAAUAAACUACAGGGAAGGCUACCAAGAUUCUUGGGAUAUCUUUGCAACUUGAGUUUUGUUGAUCUGACAUUCAACAACUUUAUCGGGGAAUUGCUUAUAAGCUCAUCUAAAUGUGUAGUAUAUGCUUUGGAGACAUUGUCCUUGUCUGAGAAUCAUCUUUCUGGUCAUUUACCUGAUGAAUUUGAACAAUUUAAAAUUUUGCGAUACUUAAGUCUCAGGGAUAAUUUGCUUUCUGGUUCCAUUCCAGCCACUAUAGGAAGAUUGGCAUCGUUAGAAAUAUUGGAUUUACAAAGAAAUCAACUAAAUGGAACUCUUCCCCAAAGUUUUGGACAAUUUUCAAACUUGAAAACUCUUGAUGUGUCUAAUAAUUUGUUGGAAGGCAUUGUGUCAGAAGUUCACUUCACCAAUCUCAUCAAUCUGAGGAAAUUAUAUGCCUCUGGAAACCGGUUGACUUUAAAGGUGAGUCCUAACUGGAUCCCUCCUUUUCAACUUAAAGAAGUAAAACUUGCUUCAUGGCAUUUGGGCCCAAGGUUCCCCAUGUGGCUCCAAUCACAAAAGGGCCUCGAGGACCUUGACCUAGCCUACACUGGAAUAUUAGAUGCCAUACCAAUUUGGUUUUGGAACUUAUCUUCCUCCCUUUAUUCUCUAGAUCUCUCCCACAACCAAAUCCAUGGUGAGAUUCCAUAUCUUCUUGCUCCUCCUGGAUGCCAAUAUAUUUACUUGAAUUCCAACCAUUUUAACGGUAUUUUACCCCAUAUUUCUUCCAAUUUGAAGCACCUUGAUCUUUCCAACAAUUCAUUUUCUGGGAAUAUCUGCCACCUCCUAUGUGAAGGGAAGGACAAACAAAACAAUCUAGUAUUUCUUGAUUUAGGAGAAAACCUUCUGUCAGGUGAAAUUCCUGAUUGUUGGAUGAGUUGGCAAUCACUAAUAAUCAUAGAAAUGGGAAACAACAAUCUGACAGGGAAUAUCCCAAGAUCCAUGGGGCUUUUAGGAAGUUUGCAAUCGUUACAUUUGCGCAACAACCAUCUCUCAGGAGAAAUUUCUUCAUCUCUACAAAAUUGUACGAGUUUAGUGUUGGUUGACCUCGGUGAGAAUGAGUUUCAUGGAAGCAUACCUACAUGGAUGGCGGAAAGGCUUCCAUAUUUGAUUGUUCUUACCCUUCGUUCAAAUAAGUUAGAUGGCAGAAUACCUCCAGAACUUUGUCGCCUCUCCCAUCUUCAAAUCUUGGAUCUUGCUAACAACAAUUUGUCUGGAGCAAUACCUUGGUGUAUCAACAAUUUUAUUGCCAUGGUAAGAAAAGAAAAAGAUGUGCAUUCUAUUGCAAAUGAAAUUCCAAUCGAUGAAAUUGCUCCUGCUGCUGCUCCUAUUGCUUCUGCUCCUCUUGCUUCUGCUAUUCCCUUUGGUAGCAAAGAUUUCUCAGAUAAUGAAGUUUUGGUGACAAAAGGAAGCAUAUAUCAAUAUGACAAGACUCUUUCUCUUGUGACUACCUUGGACCUUUCGAACAACAUCAUAUCUGGAAAGAUCCCUGAGGAACUAACUAGUCUCCAAGGAUUGCAUUUUCUGAAUUUGUCUGGAAAUCAUAUAACUAGUGUGAUUCCAAAGAAGAUAGGUAACAUGGGGUUGUUGGAAUCUCUUGAUUUAUCUAGAAACCAACUCUACGGUGAAAUUCCUCCAAGCAUGUCAGGUUUGAAUUUUUUAAGUCACUUGAAUUUGUCUUAUAAUAACUUGUUUGGAAAAAUUCCAUCAAGUGCCCAACUCCAGAGCUUCCAUGCUUCUAGCUUCACCGGCAACAAGCUUUGUGGACCUCCACUCACAAAGAAUUGUAGCGAUAAUGGCAAAACACCUGAGGGGAAUGAAGGAGAUAGCGAAGGUGCUAGAUCUGAAGUGGAUUGGUUUUAUGUGUUUAUGGCUUUGGGAUUUGCGGUUGGUUUUUGGGGCGUCUUUGCUCCUAUAUUGUUCGUUAAGUCAUGGAGGUAUGCAUAUUUUCGAUUUCUAGAUAAUGUCUGGACUAGACUUGUGUUGCUAUAUGUGAGUAAAUGACUUCACAUUGUACCAGUCAUCUAGAAGUCUUCUAUUUGUGUCUUCUAACUAUUAUGAAUAAAUUUGUUUUCUUGGAAUGUCUUCUUUAUGCAUAAA